AUGACAUGGACACUAUUCAGACCAUAAUCACGUUAAUUCAGUCACACUUGGUCCGCAUAGAACAUGUAGAAAACAUAUGAAACACCUGGAUCUAUCGCAGUCGUGUUAGUUACUAGUAUUUGCUAGAUAUGCAGUAUUUAAUACCAACCCUGAUUAUAAUCAACUCUCUUAUUAUACAAGUCGAUCUUAUCACAACAGAACCUACAACAAAGAAUAUGACAGCAUGCCAACAGCUAAGAUUGUCAUCAAUACAUUUCUCUUUUUAUGUUCCCGAAUGUACAAAUACUGGUGAAUAUGAAAAACGACAGUGUGAAGGAAGAAUAGGAUAUAGAAAAUGUUGGUGUGUUGAUUCAAACGGACGACAAAUACUGGGAUCACAAAUGAUGGGACCUGAAGUGCCAGAUUGUGAUGGAGGUUUUCUAUCUUGGAGUCUUAAAUCAAAUCCAAACAUAUUCGGUAAAAGUUUUGAUUUGACUUGUUCUCUGUCUGCCCCUGUGAGUAAUGAUAACAGCUCAUCAAACAUAGAUGGUAGUACACACAUUAAUGUUGUAGAUGGUGAACCUGUAGACGAUAUAAAUCAAUUAGGAGAGCGGCAUACACUUCAGCGCACGUAUACAUUAACUACUUCUGUGUACAAUAACGAUGGAGUCAACGUCCAGUACGAGUGUGGCCAUGGUAACACAAGAUAUGGGCAUUUGUUGAAUAUGACAAUUGAAUCAUUUAAAUAUACUGACACUACCAGCAAUUUCCACCAGUUAGUCAACAAUGAAGAAGAUCUGUUUUCGAUAACAUUUAGAGAUUAUACACAGGUUCCAAAUUGUACAGUGGUUUAUGGGCAAUCAGACCGUUCAAAACAACUAAAUUCAACAUCCGAUUCAACAAGUCAAACUUACAGAAUAUAUCGUCCAGUAAUAGUUAUCAAAUCAGAGUGCCCGAAAGCGCUGAAAGUCACGUGUGAUAUUGGAGAAAGAAGAAUAGUAAACAAUCUACGACUAGUUAAUGUGGAUUGUCAGCAGUAUGCAUUAAAACACACUCAAGAACCAUCAACAACGAAGAUGACAGCCUGUCAAAAGCUACGAUCAGCGACGAAAACUUUCUCUCCCGAUUUCUAUGUUCCUGAGUGUACGAUAACUGGUGAAUAUGAAAAACGACAGUGUGAAGGAAAAGUCGGGUCUAAACUGUGUUGGUGUGUUGAUCCAAAGGGAAGAGAAAUACAAAGUUCACAAAUGAUGGAACCUGAAGUUCCAGAUUGUGAUGCAGGAACAAAUUUAAAGCCUUGUAUUUUUGAGCUAUUAAAGAUCAGCAGCAGUUUAUUAAGAGCACCUAAACCACGCUGUACAGAUGAUGGUGAAUACGAAGAAAUUCAGUGUCACGUUCAAGCAUGUUGGUGUGUUGACAAAAAUGGAAUUGAAAGAAUGGGAACACGAGUAUCAAUGACAAACUGGCAGAAAUCACUGGAUUGUGAAAGUAGUAUUUGUUUUAUUAAUGAUGAGAAAGAAAAUAUUUCCAGCGGCUGUACUUCUAGCUUCAGUCCCCUUUCAUAA